GUGACGCAUGCGCACUCCAGUCAAGCCAUUUUUGGCGGUGGUGCGCUCUCUGCGGAGGCCGCCGAAGAGAGGCAAAGAUGGUGAAGCUGACGGCGGAGCUCAUCGAGCAGGCGGCGCAGUACACCAGCGCCGUGCGAGACCGGGAGCUCGACCUCCGUGGUUACAAGAUUCCUGUAAUAGAGAAUUUGGGUGCCACAUUGGACCAGUUUGAUACUAUUGAUUUCUCCGACAAUGAGAUUCGGAAAUUGGACGGUUUUCCACUGCUGAGGAGAUUGAAAACAUUGCUGAUGAAUAACAACAGAUUAAGCCGAAUAGGUGAAGGACUUGAACAGUCUUUGCCAAAUCUCACUGAACUCAUACUUAUCAACAAUAACAUCUUGGAAUUGGGUGAUCUUGAUCCUUUGGCAACUAUCAAAUCCCUAACUUAUCUGAGCGUUUUGAGGAAUCCUGUAACAAAUAAAAAGCAUUAUAGGCUAUAUAUCAUCCACAAGGUUCCACAGGUCAGAGUGCUGGAUUUCCAAAAAGUGAAAUUAAAAGAGCGUCAGGAGGCAGAGAAAAUGUUCAAGGGCAAGCAGGGUGCUCAGCUUGCAAAGGAUAUUGCCAGGAGAGCCAAAACUUUUAACCCAGGUGCUGGUUUGCCUACUGAUAAAAAGAAGGCUGGACCCUCCCCAGGAGAUGUGGAGGCUAUAAAGAAUGCCAUCGCAAAUGCCUCGACUCUAGCCGAAGUGGAGAGGCUGAAAGGCUUGCUGCAGGCUGGUCAAAUACCUGGCAGGGACCGUAAAACUGGUCCUUCAGAUGAGGCUGUGGAAGAGAUGGAGGAAGAUACAGUUGCCAAUGGAUCUUAAUUUUUUUUUUUUACACCUUGGAUAAUCUACAAUGUACUAUUGUUUGGUUUUUUUUCUUUCUGGAUUAUAUUUUUUGUUGUGUUAAGAAGCAACUAUGAAAAUACUCCAAUUGUAGUUUGUAAAUUUUAUACUGUACAUUUGCAGUUAAAUAAAACUGCAUUUUUUUGAACUGGAUCACACCAUGAUGUGAACUUUUUACCAUGUUUAAACUAUGUUCAACUAGAGUAAUACCCUAAUAAACUAGCAGUACUAGA